AUGUUAGUGAGCUCGCUCAAGAGUCGGGAAGACGCGUGUGCUGCGCUUGCCCGAAGUCUCGUUGAGGACCAUGACGCUCUCACGAGCGACGGCGAGACCAAAACCGUGUGCUCGUCGUUCGCUCGUGCUCAAGUGGAGCUCCAGUCCCCGCAUGGAGCGUCCCAGCUCGUCAUGUUGUGGCUCCACCCGUCCAACUUGCACUUGUGCUUUGGCAAGAAGAAAGUAUUUGGGUCGGCUGUGCAUGGCAUGCACUUGGCCCAUCUCCACGCUGUCCGUGCCGACGACGGUCCUACCUCUGACGUAGCCUCGUCAACGCCCAGGACCCCCCCGCAGUUUUACCUCUCGUUUGAAUCGUUUGCGGGAGACGUCGUCACGAUCGCCAUGCCAACGCAAAGUGCCCGCGACAAUCUCCUCCACACCUUCCAAGACAUUCUCAAGGUCAUCGACGUCAUGGCGACCGUCCAAGACCACGUUGAGCUCUACCGUCGAGCAAACAAACCAUCGCACCACGUGGACGCCGCUUGUCGUGAACUCAAUCAACAACACGGUAUGGAUGGCCCGAUCGAAGACAACUGGAACAACCAAGUCAAAUUGUCCCCCGUGAAAGCGCAGCAACUCCGCCAGCCCGCCGCUUCCGAGGUACCCGAGACUGCAGAGACUGCCAAGAGACCCCAUGGUCCCCACGCAGCUCCAGGAAGCCAACCUGUCGUGAAUCAAAAUGCAGACUGGACGCCAGCCGACUUGGACGCGUGGUUGCAUGCACGUCAACUCAGUUCUCUCUUUGUUCCGCUCCACGCGUACCUACACGAUGCGUACGCCCGUGGCGACGCAAAAGCCGCAUUCUUCCGCCUCACACCCGACAUCGUCGACUGCGUCGUGAGCAACCAGAACCAAGCGACCUCGUCGUCGACCUUGUUGCAGUUGCGCCAGAGGUUGCUGCAGCACAUCGCCAAGGGCCGCCGAACGUCGUCGAGCCUUUUUCCUCGUCGCCGAAGCACGUUUCGCCUGUACUAG